GGGAUCGCAUCAUUAUCAUGGGCACUGUUUGCUUUUCGCGGCGCUGCUGUUUGCUUUUCGCUCUCGCCUGGGCCGGCAGGUUGGCGGGAGGCAGCGGGGGCGCAGAUGUUGACGAGUGCGCAGAAGCUACGGAUGACUGUCACAUCGAUGCAAUUUGCCAGAACACACCAAAAUCCUACAAAUGCAUCUGCAAGCCAGGCUAUAAAGGCGAAGGAAAACAAUGUGAAGAUAUCGAUGAGUGUGAAAAUGACUUCUACAAUGGGGGUUGUGUCCAUGAGUGUAUCAACAUUCCGGGCAACUACAGGUGUACAUGCUAUGAUGGGUUCAUGUUAGCGCAUGAUGGCCACAACUGUCUUGAUGUUGAUGAGUGUCAGGAUAACAAUGGAGGGUGCCAGCAGAUUUGUGUAAAUACUAUGGGCAGCUAUGAAUGUCAAUGCAAAGAGGGCUUUUUUCUGAGUGAUAACCAGCAUACCUGCAUUCAUCGCUCCAUUGAGGGUAUGAACUGUAUGAACAAAGAUCAUGGGUGUGCACACAUCUGCCGGGAGACACCCAAAGGUGGGGUUGCCUGUGAAUGUAGGCCUGGCUUUGAACUUGCCAAAAACCAGAAGGACUGCAAAUUAACCUGUAACUAUGGGAAUGGAGGCUGCCAACACACCUGUGAUGACACAGAUACUGGUCCUGUGUGUGGUUGUCAUCAGAAGUAUGCCCUACAUUCAGAUGGCCGAACCUGCAUUGAGAAGGAUGAGGCUGCAAUUGAGAGUUCUGAGUACAAUGCCACGUCAGUAGCUGAUGUGGACAAGCGGGUGAAACGGCGGCUACUUAUGGAAACAUGUGCUGUCAAUAAUGGAGGCUGUGAUCGGACUUGCAAGGAUACUGCGACAGGGGUACGAUGCAGUUGCCCAGUUGGAUUUACCCUGCAGCCUGAUGGGAAAACGUGCAAAGACAUUGAUGAGUGCUUGGUAAACAAUGGUGGCUGUGACCAUUUCUGCCGAAACACGGUUGGCAGCUUUGAGUGCAGCUGCCAGAAAGGCUAUAAACUGCUCACAGAUGAACGGACCUGCCAAGAUAUAGAUGAGUGUUCCUUCGAAAGGACCUGUGAUCACACCUGUAUCAACUAUCCUGGAAGCUUUGAAUGUCUCUGUCAUAAAGGCUACACAUUGUAUGGACUGACGCACUGUGGAGAUAUUGAUGAAUGCAGCAUCAGCAAUGGUAGCUGUGACUAUGGGUGUCUUAAUACAAUGGGGAGCUAUGAGUGUGUCUGUCCACCUGGAAAGAAACUGCACUGGAAUAAAAAGGACUGUGUUGAGAUGGUGAAAUGUCUCCCGAAUGCCAAACCAACUCCCAAGGCUCAGCUAGUGUGUAGUAAGACAGCAGGCAUAGAGAGCUGCUUCCUGUCAUGCCCAUCCAAUACUCUUUUUGUUCCAGAUUCGGAGAACAGCUACACGCUGAGCUGUGGAGUUCCUGCCCAGCAAGGCAAGGCCCUGCAGAAACGCAACGCCACCCUGCCCAGCUGUGCAGAUUCAUUAGCCCCUCCAAUCAAGCAGAAAGCUCGUUUUAAAAUUAAAGAUGCAAAGUGCCAUUUACGGCCUCGCAGCAAAGAAAAAACAAAAGACUCUGGGAAGCAAGCUGGUUUAGGUCAAUUCCCUUGUACAGACAACUGCCAGGUGACCUUUGUGAAUCUCAAGUGCGAUUCCUCCAAGAAAAAACGCCGAGGCCGCAAGUCACCAUCAAAAGAAGUAUCCCAUAUCACUGCAGAGUUUGAAGUGGAGAUGAAGUCAGAAGAAGUCUCAGACACCUGUAACAUUGACUGUGUUCGGAAAAGGAUGGAGCAGAAGCUGCAAACUGCAAUCAAAACAUUGAGGAAAUCUAUUAAUAAACAGCAAUUUUACAUUCAGUUUUCUGGGACAGAAUAUGAAGUGGCUCAGAAGCCAGCUAAAGCUACUGAAGGGCAUGAAGCUUGCAGUACAGGGCAAGUGCUGCAGGAUGGAAAAUGUGUUACCUGCAGCACGGGCACCUUUUAUAGCGGAGAACAUAAUCAGUGCGUUCCUUGCUCACCAGGAACAUACCAAGACACAGAAGGUCAGCUUACCUGUGAGCCUUGCCCAAGUAACGAUGGACAGGGAGUAGCAGGCGCCCGGAAUGUGUCAGAAUGUGGAGGGCAGUGUUCUCCUGGGCACUAUUCUUCAGAUGGUUUUAAACCUUGUAGAGUCUGUCCUCUUGGUACGUACCAGCCUGAACCAGGAAGGACCCUCUGCUUUCCAUGUGGCGGUGGGCUUGUGACCAAGUAUGAAGGUGCUGUUUCCUUUCAAGACUGCGAAACCAAAGUUCAUUGUUCUCCUGGACACUACUACAACUCCACAACACACAGAUGUAUCCGAUGCCCUGUGGGAACAUACCAGCCUGAGUUUGGUCAAAACUACUGCAUCACCUGCCCUGGGAACACAAGUACAGACUUUGAUGGCUCCACUAAUGUUACACACUGCAAAAACCAGCACUGUGGAGGAGAACUUGGGGAUUAUACUGGCUACAUUGAAUCACCCAACUAUCCUGGAGACUACCCAGCUAAUGUUGAAUGCAUUUGGAAUAUAAAUCCACCCCCAAAGAGGAGAAUACUCAUCGUCGUACCUGAGAUAUUUCUCCCAAUUGAAGAUGAAUGUGGUGAUGUUUUAGUCAUGAGAAAAAGUGCUUCUCCUACUUCAAUUACUACGUAUGAAACAUGUCAGACUUACGAGAGACCUAUUGCAUUUACCUCAAGAUCAAGGAAGCUCUGGAUUCAGUUCAAGUCUAAUGAAGGAAACAGCGGCAAAGGAUUUCAGGUCCCCUAUGUGACUUACGAUGAGGAUUAUCAACAGCUAAUAGAAGACAUUGUUCGAGAUGGACGACUAUAUGCAUCAGAAAAUCAUCAAGAAAUUCUAAAGGACAAGAAACUGAUUAAAGCUCUCUUUGAUGUACUGGCACACCCACAAAAUUAUUUCAAGUACACAGCACAAGAGUCAAAAGAGAUGUUUCCAAGAUCAUUUAUAAAGCUACUGCGAUCAAAAGUUUCCAGAUUUCUACGACCAUACAAAUAGUCUAUUGGUAUUCAAUUUUCAGUUACUUUGAAUUCCUGUCAAAUAUUGUCUUUCCUCCAUAGUAGAAACAUUUGCUAAUUUGAAGUCUCUUUUUUGCAGACUUUGUUUUCAGUUGUAUAUUGAAGAAUACCUAUAAUGUUUUAUAAUCGUUAAAGCCAAUGUUCUGAAUGGGAUUUUUACUACAAAAAAAAUGUGCACCCCUGAGUGCAUCUAGCUGAAGAUUCAAAUUUGUGUCUGCACUAGUGUAUCUUCACUUUCCAUCUGAAAUUACAUUAUGUAGAAAAUAUUCUUUUUAGCUUUAUAUUUUUCAUGAACAAUAACUUUCGUCAAAGCAAAGAAGGAAUCUAUUCAAAUCUGAUUAAACUACCUGCAGAUGACAAGUUCUGUUGUAGAAAGAAGUAUGUAGUAUAAAUAAUAUUUGGAUUUUGAAUUGCACUUGAAGUUUAUAUUUGAAUCUUUAGAAGAAAACAAAACAAUCUAAAUUUUGUUAUUUGUCAUUUGUGGCUUAGUGGAGCCUCUGUCCAAGUAGAAAUCAAAAGGGAGAAAAAGAAGAAAGAAAAAAAGAAACAGAUGUAUAAUUUUGUUUUAUGAAUUACGUGAGAUUGAGUCCCAUGCCCUAAUGUCCUAAUGUUUUUAUCUGUCCUCUUCUAAACUUCUUCAGAGGUUUUCCACUGUCAAUUACGUCACUGAAACAGAUUUAGCUCUGGAUUUCCGUAUUACCAGUUGGUCCCUUUGAAGGCAUUUACAAUAGGAUAGGUGAGAAAUGAACAACAACACCACUAGUAGUCUUGUUUUUCUUUCCGUUAAUAAAGCAUCUAAUUAAGUACAAUAUAUAAAUAUAUAAAUAUAUGCUUCUAUUUGUGGGUACAUUAGUAAUGUUAUCUUUAGUUACUGUAAAUAUUAUUCAUGCUUAAACCUUUACUCCCACACGUCCUAUACUUAUAUCUAUUUGUAACUUUGCUUAGAUGAUUAAAUGACCUCUCCAAGUGCUUGCCACUUCUGCUGACACCAAACUGAAGCCUUUUGGAGUUUUAGAAUACUGGAUAAUAGUUUGCUCUGGGACAAUCUCUUUCAACGUACAUUAAUCCAGGAAAAAUAAUAUCCGUUAAGAUGCAACUGCUGUCCACUGAACGGUCAGUUACUGCCUCUUCCUUGGGCACCCCUCACAUGCAGGCCAGCAGUUACCCCUGAGGACGACACACGUGACAGGAGCUCACCAAGGAGAAAUUUUUGCAGGACCUGCCAUCUCCAAAAUUCUGGGAAUGUACCUGUGUCACAGGCCCAGACUCUCAGCGAGGUGAGGGGAUGAACGGGACGAGGUGGGAGCAGGCCCUGCAGUCUUCAGAGACCUGGCGCUCCCUUUGUCACGAAUUUGCAACCGCAGUGCCCAUCAGCCGUGGGGGCUGGGUGGUCUGCAAGGGGGUGUUAGCCGCCAGUCAGGCCUUCCUCACAGAGUGGCAGGUACUGGUGGGUUAAGAUGAUGAUAAAUCUUGUGUUUCCUGCUGUUCUGUGGCACAGGAGCCAAUUUCACUGAGAUAGUAGCUUUUUUUUUGUUUUUUAGUAUUUCAGCCUCUUAAGUCCCUUCCUCUUGUAUAUCAUGUUACCUUUUGAUCCUACAAGUUUAUUACAUGGAGACAUUAACUAUCACAGCAGUGUCCUUUCAGAAAAAGACUAACAUACAGUUUUGCUUCACUACAUUUUUUUGCAUAUCUACCCUGUAGUUUAACAUACCCUUGAAUGCUCUCAAAGACAUACAUUAACGGUGAUUAUGGUUAACUUCUUAUACUUUUGUUUGUCUUUGAGCAAGUACUGUUUAAAUUUACAGAGUUGGAUUCUGUUGGCUGCAAGUGGUUGAAUAUUCCAUUUCUAAGAGACACCUUAAGUAUUAUGUUGAGUUUUUCUACUUAGUCAUCUUGUCACUUUGCUUGCCUUCUUUCCUUUUAUGUUGAAGAGUAUCAUUUUUUCUUUCUACACCUGAACAGUUUCAACGUAGGGUCUAAGAAUUCAUUUUUUUCACUCAUGGAUCUUAGGUGUUUGGUGAGCUUUCUCUUUAAUAUAUAUAUAUUUAUAUAUUAACCCUCAUUUCAAAACGUAACAUCUCUAUAAAAGUCCUUUUUUAAAGGCUGCUAAACCUAACUUUCUGUGAGGAUGUUGAAACUACUUUUAUUAAAUAUUCAUCAUGGGUUACUAAAGGUGGAUAUUUGAAGGAGAACAUCUCAUCAGUCCUAGAUUCAGUGCAUGCCUGAUACAAAAAAUAAAGUUACAUUUUUUUUUUUCCCUUAACAUGAGUUAUUUGUAGAAAAAAAUUAUAUCUUAAAAAAGAAAGAGUCUUUUUAGGUACUCAAUUAUGUAUAAGCGUAUAGCUAAAAAACUACUUCAGCCAAAACGUAUUUCAAAGUCUCAUAGCUUAUUCAGAAUUAAUAGAAUAGGUCAGGAUUGCAGCCAUUCUACUGAAAGGUAUGAAGGAAAGGAUAUGAAAGAUAUGGAGAAAAACAACUUCCUCAUCUGCUGAGCCAUUUACAGUGAUCUUUAGUAUUUCAAACUUCAGUAAGCAAACUUUGGAACCUGAUGCUGUGCACUGAGUUUAGUAAAAUCCUUGUCAAAAGUUUUGCUCAAUAGCCCAGACAUUUGGACACAAUACCACAGCACAACACUGGUGCCAAGUGGGACAAACUUCCUCUCCGGAACAGGGCUGAAAGUAAUUGCCUUACGAGUCCAGAAACCACUGGCAGCACCGUAACAUUUUCCAGGCUCUUAGUGACGUGGGGAAUCCAGUGCCAGGUAGUGACUACAAGAGGGACGUGUCCCAGUUGUGGCCACUGUUAGUGGGGCCUCGGUAGAGCCGAGGGGGGUGAAUGCAGGAGGGCCUGGCUGCACUUCGCUCCAGUACCACUCUCGCCCUCACUUACAACCAUGUUGGGGCACGGGCUCCACAGGCAGGACAAGGCGCUCGGGGACAUCUGUAGCAAACGCAGACUUUGUGUUGCUGAAAGCAGUGAAAGAAAGAGAAUAAUUUGGCCUUCAAAAGUAUACAGUAAAAUGCUUCUGAAAAUAUAGGGGUUUCAUAUGUGAUAUAUUUAGACAAUGAGUCAGGUUUUCAUGUUUGCAGCUCUGCAUAGAAAGGCCCUCGGAUGUGCAAAUUUCUAAUGAAAUAAGUAAUGACAAGUGGUGUGUAGGACUGCCUGAACCAAUUUCAGCUGACUUGCACAACAGCACAGAUUUUUUACAUCAGCUCUAAAAGUUAAAAAUGCUUUGACACAUACUAGAUUUACAGUUACAGAAACUGGCAGCCACCAAAUAGAAGGUGAGUUCAGCUCUUCGUUUGUUAAUGUAGGUGUAGGGUAUCUUCCUUGUCAGAAGUCAGAAAGCAUAUUGCUACUAUACAGUAACAGUACAACAACAAGGAAUGUCAUCUUCUAUGGAGAAGACCUAGACACAUUUGGAAUCAAAAACCAUGCAAGGAGAAAUAUGGCCACCUUUAAGAAAACCAGCUUCACAAAAUGAAUCAAUAUAUCACAGAAUAUAAAGUUUUGGCUUUUACCUUAAACAUUAAAUAUUACAUUUAAACAUAUUCAAUAAAUACAGCCCUGUGUCCAGAAUUACCGGUUGUAUGCAGGAUAGGUGUAACAACAUGUUUGUGUUAUUACAGGAAGGCUGAAGAAGUGUCCAUUUGUGAUUGCCCAAUUUCACUUUACAAACUGAUCUGUUUAUUUUCAAUUUGCCAGUGCCUGUAUGCUUAAAAGCUGCACCUGUAGCACUUACCAUUUCAAGCCUCUCCUCCUGCCUUAAACGCUGCACUUAUUAUUGGUGAGGUGGUGGUGAAUCAUCCCUAAACAUUCUCAUGUGCCACCAAAUCACCGCCCGCAUACCUGCUGCAGUCCAGGGGACUGCAACACUCAGAGGUUGCUAAUCAAGCCCUAAGCCGAGCGGUGAGAGCGCUGGGUGGUGGUUGCUGAGGGCUGGGUGCCCGUGUGUGUCACCUGAGUACAGGAGGCAUCCGGCCGCGGUGUGCAAUAGAUCGCCGCCUGCACCUCGCCUGCAAUAGCAAGAUCUAUUCUGCCUGAAGAUUUCGCUCAUCGAAACUGGAUUUAAAGCCGCUGAAGUCUUCUUUCAGCCCAUUUUCUCGCCCUGCCUCCCUUCCUCCAUCAUACAUUAGAUUUUUACCUAAAGACCAACUUUUCAAAAGAAAUUUGUUUCCUCAUUGUGCCUCCCCCAUCGAAUAAAGUUAAAGCACAGUGUGUUAUAACUACUAAAGAUUUAGACUGAUCUUUCCUACGCAUCAGCUUCAUAGUAGGGUAAGCUUACCUAAAAGUAAGUAAGCUUACUUAAAACUAGCUUACCUAGUAAGCUAGGUUUAGUUUAGUUUAGUUUUAGACUAGCCUAAAUAAGUGCAGGCUUGGUCACAGAGUUUUCAGAGUCUGCAUUCUGAGUUGUCAGGGGGUUUUGAAAGAGCACAGCUCACCCGUAGUCCUCACUGUGAGCAGAACACAGCGGCGAUGCCACUGGAACAAGAAACAUGCUUACAUGCAUUGAACAUUGAAAGAGGAAAGUCAGCCCCCACCCCACGCCCCUUUGUAAGCGUGCCCAACAGACUCACAUUCCUCAGGUCAGCCUUAUCUAUGAUCAACCCAGUUUUAAUCUUGCAGACAGCAAGUUAUGAACUUCCAGAGCAAGAGCAGUGGUAUGGUUCUUACACAGGAACUGCUGAUGGGUCUCUGCCAGCAAAACCUAACCGCUCUGUGGCAGUUCCCAUGUCUGGACUCUAAAUACCUUUGAAUACUCUUAAAAAAUAAGCUGGAGUGAAAUCUUCAACAACUGAAUCCAGUGGCAAAUUUCUCAGCCACCGCAGGGGUCUGGAUUUUCCCUUUUCUAAGGAUGAGAAUGAGCAACACAUGCAGUUACUUGUACCUGUGUCAUGAGUUCAAGUAGUUGCUUUUUUUUCAUAGUUUAAAACCACUGAUUGACAGGAAUGGUAGUAACUGGAGAAGUUCUAUAGACUCUCAAUGCUUUGAGACUUUAAUGAAAUAGUUUUCUAGGAUGAGAGACUGUUGUAAGCACUUGGGGGAAAAAAAUUACUUUUGUCUCCCGUAAGAAUUUAUGGAAGAAGGGAACUGUCUGUAAGGUAGUGUGAACUUAUUCCUCAGUGUGAGACUUGGAUUCAGCGUGAGGUCUCAUGUUUCAUCGUAACAUUUUUCAUCUGAAUGGAAACAGACUGGGAAAUAAACUCUUAAUGUCAGAAAAAUUGUUAUCUAAGUAUCUGAAUAUAUACAAUGCCAGUUUGUUAUUUCAUUUAUUUAUUCUGUUUCAUCACUAAGCUUUUAAUCUAUAAAAUUAAUAUGUAAUAUACAAGAGUAAAAUGUACAGAAGUACCUUUAGAUGUAAUAAUUUAAACCAUCUGUUUUCAGAAAGCGGAGAUAACAAAUUUAAAGAUAUACAAACAAUUGCAAUUCGAUUUUAGCUGAAUUUCUCAAUAUCUAGAAAAAGAAGUGGCUUUUCUUAAUUAAACUUUAUUUUAAUGAUUGUGAAAAUAUCUUUUUUAGAGUUUGUUUUUGUUACUUUUUAAUUAAAAUUAUUGUGUAAAUAUUGUUUUCUAUGUUUGAUACCUUAGAAAGGCCAUUAAUUUGCAUUGACAGCAGCAGAUACUCAGCACGAUGAUUAAGAAGGUACUUUAAGAGACUGGGGUGGAUGUGGUCAGUAGUCAGAUUCAUCCUUCUAGAUUACCAAUCCUGUUAUUUCUGCAGUCUCACUGGCAUCAUAGGGAGAGUUUUCUGGGGCAAUUUAACCGGCUAAUUUUCAUAGAAUUGACUAUCAAGUGUCAUUCUGAAGCGCUCACCAUUUUCAUAACAUAUAAAUAAUAUGUAUUUCAAAGUUAGUGCUAGUUCUUCUGUUGUUAGGAUAAACAACACAAAACUCGGAAAUAAAAGGGUAUUCAAAAGAUUAUGCCCAAAUAUAGUAUAAAGAUAAGGAAAGGUAUGGUGUCUCUGUGCUCCUAGGUAGCAGUGGAAGUGACAAAACCUCAUAUUGGAUCAUAGAGCCUUUUUUAGGCAAAACUGCCAGUGAGGUCAGUGGUAGUUUCACCUGCAUAAAGUUCACUGUGAUCACGUCCAUUACCUGCUCAGCAGGAAUUUCUGGUAGACUAGAUUUCAGGGGAAAAUACCUGGAGUGUAAUAUUGGUUUCUGUACCAAUUUGCUCCAUGUAAAUCACUGGGCAAGAGUAACAUUUUGAACUAAACCCUUGUAGAUGCUGCUGGGUCUUCUAAGCUUUAUUACCAUUGUAAAUUAUGUACAAACAGCUAUUUCCAUAUGAAAUGUACCAUGAUAGGUUAGAGCAAAGAUAGCGAAUAACUGUACAAAAUUUGAUACUUAGAAAAUAAAAUACAGUGGUCUAAGCUUUAACAAUAUUUUAACAAUACUGUCAGAUUUGUAGUAGAAAAUGUUGUUGUAAAUGUAUCUUAUAAGAAAAUGAAUUUCCUUUUACCUCUGUAUAUUAAUAGCUUUGAUUUCUAUGUCAAAGCUCAAAAUGAAGCAUGUAAUAAAACUUUUGUUAAAAUCACUUUCAUAAUAAACGUAAAAUGGAAUGGAUACCUGGA